GCAAAGUCUCACGAUGCGCGCAGUGCGUGCGUCCCUUUUUUUUUCCCUUGUCCGCGAAUUGGCGCCGUGACUACUCAUGACCCUCAACAGCCCCGUGCAGCAAUAUCUUCCCAUCGAUUGAGCAGGAGCCACCAGCCCUCCACCAUCUGUGGAUGGCAAGAGCGCCGCGCCCUCGAUGCCAUUCAAGGACGUUAGCUGCUUGAUCGAGGCAGAUGGCAGGUGCCACCUCAGCUUACACGGAAGGAGCGCUUCGCCCUCUUCGCGGACGUCCCCCUCGCCCUUCCUUGCAUUACAUCCAUGCGUCUUGCAUUCAUCAACGCUUCCUCAGGCACAGUUCAGUUGUCUCAGCGGCGCAACGGCAAUCAGCCUCGACAUGGCGAACACCACGGUGAUGUAUGCAAGGCGAGACCUUAGUGAUGGCGAAAGUAAACAAACAGCCACGGCAACGGAAUCUAAGUAGGCGGACGCCAUUGGAUGCCUGUCUCGAUUUGAAAAAGCAAAAUCAACGGAUCGGCCGCAUGUCUCAGGUCCGGUCGCUGCCCACUCGCCUAGCGCAACGUGGGGAGUUGGAGGGCACUUUAGCAUUGAGUUGAGUCUCAGGACUCGUUGACAUCAUGAUGCACCAUGAUGACCUCCGCCUACUCCACAGCGAGGCCACCUUACCCUGCAGCCGCUCAUGCCAUGGGAACGGCAGCAAGACAGCUUCGGCAACGUCUCAUUGCACAUCUCAGGCUUCAAUAAUUGCCAGACCAGCAUCUUGACAACUGACGGCACUAGUCCUGAUCUUUGAUUCUUGUCAUGGCCGGGCCACGAGUCAUUUAUUGGUUCCGGACGGAUCUGCGCCUGCAUGACUCCCCUGCUUUACAGGCCGCUCUCGACUUGGAGCCUGCCGUCUUGUGGCCCAUAUUCACAUGGGACCCUCACUACGUGUAUCGCGCCAGGGGCGGGCUCAAUCGAUGGCAGUUCCUUUUGGACUGUCAAAAUGACCUCUCGCGGUCACUGACGCGGCUCAAUCCCAAGUCCAAGCUGUUUGUUCUGCGUGAGGGUCCGCAGACAUUGCUCCCUAAGCUAUUCAAAGCAUGGAAAGUCACGCACCUCGUCUUUGAAAAGGAUACCGACGCCUAUGCGCGUGAGCGUGACCAGGCCGUCGUCGAGGCGGCCGAGAAAGCGGGCGUCAAGGUAGUGAUGCGCUCGGGCAGGACGCUCUGGGACAGCGAUGAGAUCGUUGCCAACCACGAUGGCAAGCCCACAAUGUCCAUGUCGCAGCUCCAGGCCGCGGCAAAGAAAAUUGGAAGCGUCCCGCGUCCCGUCCCUCCUCCGAAACGCCUGCCUGACCCGGGCGAGAUGCCUGUGGAUUUUGAGCAAGACCAGCCAGACACUGACCCCGACUUCAACGCAACUCGUCGCACCGAGAACGACACAGGCUACAGCAAGAUUGCAGGCCCCAAAGGAGACUUUGCGAUUGAGACUAUGGAAGAGCUGGGCUUUCCGCCCGCGACUACGCCUCACAAGGGCGGCGAGGGCGUGGCGCUGAAGCGCCUCGACGCCAUUGUCAAGGAUACCAAGUACACGGCGACAUUUGAGAAGCCAAAAACCAGCCCUGCCCAGUUCGAGCCCCAGUCCACCACCCUCUUGUCACCAUUCCUUCAUUUUGGAGCACUAUCGGUGCGGGAGUUCUAUUGGCGUGUGCAGGAUGUCGUUGAGGAGUAUGGCAAGGGCGCAUCGUCGCCACCUGCCAGCCUUAUCGGACAGCUGCUGUUCCGCGACAUGUACUUUGCAGCACAGGCAACCAUCGGGCAAGCUUUCGGGCAGACGGCCAUGAACCCGCACUGCAGGUUCGUGCCAUGGCACCUUGCGUCGAAGAGGGAUCCCGACACGGGAAUCAUCACCGGAGAGUACCAUGUUGACUCAAAAGAGGCAGACACUUGGUUCAAGAGAUGGCGAGCUGGUGUAACGGGCUUCCCCUGGAUCGACGCCCUCAUGCGCCAGCUUUGCGAGGAGGGCUGGAUUCACCAUCUCGGCCGGCACUCGGUUGCCUGCUUCCUCACCAGGGGCGGUUGCUAUGUCGACUGGGAGCGCGGAGCCGAAGUGUUUGAAGAGUGGCUUCUCGACCACGAGCCAGCCUGCAACAUUGGCAACUGGCAGUGGCUCUCCUGCACUGCCUUCUUCUCACAGUACUACCGCUGCUAUAGCCCCAUAUCCUUUGGGCAAAAGUGGGACAAGAACGGCGACUUCAUCCGCCGCUGGGUGCCGGAGCUCAAGGACCUCGACGCCAAGUACAUAUACGAGCCGUGGAAGGCGCCCAUCCAGGACCAGAAGAAGGCGGGCGUGCGCGUGACGGGCGACGGGCUGUCCUCAAACGACAAAGGCACGUACCCGAAACCCAUGUUCGACUUUUCCCACCGCCGCAACGUGUGCCUCUCUGCAAUGAAGACGGCGUAUGAUGUUGGACUGCAUGGGAACGAUGAGAAAGUUCUGGAUGGUACGUGGAGGGAGCUGUUUCCCUCCCCAGACGAGUCCGAGGUUCGCGGUGAGUGUGAAAGCGACGAUGGUGAGAGGGCGGAUGAGGGCGACGAAGACCUCGAUGCGGAGCCGGGGGACAAGCGGCGCCACAGCAAGGACAGCACCGAGGGCGCGGCAAAGAAGCAGAAGCAGUAGACGUGUGUCCACAAGAUGCUCGCCAUUUCUAGCAUGCCGUUGGCAAGCUUGGAGUAGCAUUCGGCAAGUUUGUAAGUAGAUCGCUCAAUGAACGGACCGUGCGCUCCUCGGUAGAAAAUGAAGAAAGUAUGCAUCAGUACUCGGCCCGCGGAUCUGCCAGGCGCGACCAUUCCAAGGCCCAGCGCCGCCGAUCCUCCACAGAGCCCUCCUGCUCCAGAGCCAUCUCCGACAGAUGGCUGAACAUGUCCCGCCUGCCGUUGCACGCCGCUGCGUAGAAGUGCUGUUCGGCAGCUUCGCGGUCCGUCCCCCUCAGCAACUGGCCAAGCUCCACGUCCGCCUCCGCGAAGCCCGCUGCGGCAAGCGCCUCCAAGAUGCUCAUCGCCUCGUCCCGCCGG